GCCGCCUGCGGGGACGUGUGUGUCUCUAGUGAAAUUUCCCUUUCGCUCGGGUCUCUCAGCGCAGGUCUCCGCUGGCUCGCGCCCCCUCCGCGGGCGCCCCCGCCGCCCCCUCCCUCGGCCUGGCCUCCCCUGCAGCCGCCCAGCUCCCCUGCACUCCUCCCUGCCCCCCCGGAGCAGUUUUAUCAGGGGCUCCGCCGUCUCACCUGGUAUUUGCAUCGCGCCCUCUAACUUGCCAUUGGCGGCGCGACGUGUGGGAGAGCCCCGCGCCUCGCCCGCCCGGACCAGCCUGCCCCGGCGCCGAGCACACUGUGGGACCACAGGGACACAUCAGAGUGCCCUGACUUCUUGGCUGGAAAAUCAUAUUCCAAGGUCGCUCCUGUGGUUGGCCUGGCCCAGCAUGCAGCCUUGAACCUGGCUUAGGCCACCACCCGCUCCAGCUCUCUAUCCCCCUAUUUUACUGUGGCACAGGGUGUAGGCUCUAAGCUCCAAGGUACCUGAGCAUCUCUUCAUCAAGCAAACCCCGCAGCUCCCGAAGGCCCUGCGAUCCCAGCUGUCAGCUCUCUGAGAAGACAGCAUGGCUAUUACCCUGCAGCCCAGUGAUCUGAUCUUUGAAUUUGCAAGCAACGGGAUGGAUGAUAUCCACCAGAGGCUGUUCACAGAAGCUGUUCCUACCUUCCCAACCCACACCUGCCCCUCUGUCCUCAGCAAGACAGCCUCUCUUCCAAUCCACAGAGAAGCUCAAAGCCAAGCUGGAAGACCCCUCAGUGUUCCCAGCUGUGAUCGUGGAGCAGGUACCCUACCCCGAAUUACUGCAUCUAUACUCAGGGCUGGAGCUGGACGACGUUCACAAUGGCAUCAAAACGGAUGGGACCUUGUGCAUGACACAGGAUCAGAUCUUAGAGGGCAGCAUUUUGCUAGCAGCAGAUGACAAUGAAGCAGCCUCACAAGCCAUGCCAACCACUGAAGUCUUGCUCAAUGUCGAAUCUCCCAACAACAUCCUGGAUGAGAAGCAGAUCUUUAGCAGCACCGAAAUGAUUCCAGACUCAGACCCUGCUAUAGCCACUGCUCUGCCCAACUGCCUGUUUCCUGUUUCUGAGCCUGAUUCCUGGAACAGAGCUAGUGAUGAUGUUGACCAGGAGGGACACUGUCUGGAGAAGGUCCCCAGAGAGGAAAAUGCCAAGAAGACUGGAAAGUCAAAGAAGAGAAUCCGGAAGGCAAAGGGCAGCCGCAGCACCUCACCUGUCACUGACCCUAGCAUCCCCAUACGGAAGAAGUCUAAGGAUGGCAAAGGCAGCACCAUCUAUCUGUGGGAGUUCCUGCUUGCGCUUCUGCAGGACAGGAACACCUGCCCCAAGUACAUCAAGUGGACCCAGCGAGAGAAAGGCAUCUUCAAGCUGGUGGACUCCAAAGCUGUGUCCAAGCUGUGGGGGAAGCAGAAAAACAAGCCUGACAUGAACUAUGAGACCAUGGGGCGAGCACUAAGAUACUACUACCAAAGAGGCAUCCUUGCCAAAGUGGAAGGGCAGAGGCUGGUGUACCAGUUUAAGGAGAUGCCCAAGGAUCUGGUGGUGAUCGAAGAUGAGGAAGAGAGAAGUGAAGUCACAGUGGCCUCCCCUCAGGCUUCCACUCCCUCCACCUCGUCCAACAACACCCGGCGAGCCAGCUCCAGGGUCUCUUCCCGAGCUGCCCCCCAGGACAAGGGCAGCCCUUCCUGGGAAAAACCAAAGGUCCAGCAUGUUGGCCUACGGCCAUCUGCAAGUCUGGAAUUGGGACUGUCUGCUGACGAGGAGAGCUCCGCUACCUCCACCGUGCUUGUCUCUUCACCUGAGAGCCAUGCCAAGCUCACCAAAGCUGUGAGUACUGCUUCAGUGCCCAGCAGUAUCCACCUAGGAGUGGCCCCAGUGGGGUCAGGCUCAGCCUUGACCCUGCAGACAGUGCCACUGACCACGGUGCUGACCACCGGGCCUCCUGCCAGUACUACUGCUUCGACCCAGCUCGUUCUCCAGAGCGUUCCGCCUGCUUCCACCUUCAAGGACACCUUCACUUUGCAGGCCUCCUUCCCAUUGAACACCAGUUUUCAAGAGAGCCAGGUGGCAGUACCAGGGGCUCCACUGAUUCUUAGUGGCCUCCCCCAACUUCUGGCUGGGGCCAGCCGCCCAACCAAUCCGGCGGCACCCUCAGUCACAGGGGCUGGAUCGGCAGUGUCCAGUUCUCAGCCGCCCGGGACGGUCAUUGCUGCCUUCAUCAGGACUUCUGGUGCCACAGCAGCCCCUGGAGUCCAGGAGGGGCCGCUGAGGCCUUCCUCCUAUGUGCAGGGCAUGGUGACUGGGGCCCCCAUGGAGGGGCUGCUGGUUCCUGAAGAGACCCUGAGGGAACUCCUGAGGGAUCGGCCUCACCUUCAGCCACUUCCAACCCAAAUGGUUUCAAGGGGUUCCCACAACCCAAGCCUUCUGGGGAGCCAGACUUUCCCUCCUCCCAGACACCCCACUGUUGGGCUGACCCCAGUGGCUGAACUUGAGCUGUCCUCUGGCUCAGGGUCCCUGUUUAUGGCUGAGCCUAGUGUGAGCACAUCUGGGAGCCUGCUGACCAGAUCCCCAGCCUCAGCCCCCUUCUCCCCAUUCAACCCCACCUCCCUCAUUAAGAUGGAGCCCCAUGACAUGUAAAUGGAGGGGUCAGGCGAAGUGUAACCUGCCAGGCAAGGCUAAGCAGCGGAUUUGAACCAACUUCCUCGAGCAGAGACUGACUGAAGUACCACACUUGCCCUUACAUUUCAGUGGGAUGGCAAUACACCAGGCAGCCCGCGUCCCCGGUCCCUGCCCAGAGUCACCACAGCCAAGCCGUGUCCAGUGUGAGCACCCCUGUCGUCAGGCUAUGGCCUUCAAGAGCACUCGGGGAUAUGCUCUUGUCAGGGUGAUGGGCUGACUUGGUGAUGGAGGGCAAACCUCCUGAGGAGUUUGUGGCCAGGGCUGGUGAGGGGCUUCAUGGGAAGGGUCUUUUUGCCUGGCCGUAUUUCACCAUCUCCGUUCCCUCCACAGGGAAUUUACUGUUCCGUGUGUGACUAUCUCUAUGUAUUUGUGAGUACUCACAGGUCUUAUGUCCAUUUCUUUGGGGGAGAUGCAAGUGUAGCUGUGAAGUCCUCAAGGGUGGUGUGUGUUUCUCUGUGGGUCAGCCACAGAGAGGGGGAUUUUUUUUUAAGAGAAAGCAUUCUCUAGUUCCCUCUGUGCAAACCAAGAUUCACUUGUUCUGAGACUGUGGGGUACAGGUUGGAUCCCCUAAAUCUGAAGAGAUGUCACAGAGCUGGAACAGAUCCAGGGUAGGACAGCUUCGGUGCACAUGUAUGUUGGGGAAGAUGCAGUUCUAAGGGACAAGGAGAGGCCAAGUGGGAUAAAAGCAUAAAGAGAGGGAGGGAACUCAGCCCUGGGGAGCAUCCCCCAGGCUAGACUGAGGUCCUCUUCCUGGAGUCGGCCUCACUGGCCACCAGUCUCUUACUAGCACACUGGAACCUUGGCCAUCCCAGAGUGCUUUGCCAGGAGGUAGACAGGGACCGAGUGCCCCUCCAGGGUCAGAUCCAGACCCUGUUCCCAGGCAGGCUGAAUUAAUUGAAUAUUUGUGCCGAGGGCUUGGACUGUGGUACCAAUCUUCACUGGCCUACACCCCUGAUCCUGGGUUCCCUCUUGACUUCCCCCCGGUAUUUCCCUGCUGCCAGUCGCUGCUUGGGAGUCAUGUAGCGAUGUACAUUGGGUCUGCCUCUGUUAUUGCUCAUGUGUGCCCAUUCUUCAGCCCACCUUCUACUUACCUGGUAGGUUUGCUGACCCACCCACCCCCACGAUGGCUACAGCAGACCUCCUCAAGCAGACCACUGGCCCUCACCUCCCCGCUUUUGCACCAGGAAGACAGGAGCCAGCGGAUGUGAGCUCCAAGGGCGUUUCUUGUGUCUCCACAUGGCUCCCUGCCUCCUUCUCUCCUCUUCCUGAGGAAAGGUCAACUGAAUCUUUCUUAAAGUCAACCCCUCAGCCUAGGGCCUGGACCCCCUCCUCUGUCCCUUUGAAUUAGCCUCUCUCCUGCCAAGUUUGGGGUGAGGCUAAACGCUAAGAUAUGCCAGCCUUGGAAACAAUUGUAUUAUCGGGUGAAUUUGGUUACUGUGAAUCAGUGCCUCAGGACCUUUGCUAUGUCCUUGGUACAAAACCAUCCCCUUGACUUAACUACCUCCCCUGGUUGCUCUUCUCUCUCUCCUUCUGGUCACUCCCUCUCUUCUUGUUCUCCCCUCUGGGGGGUGGGCACCAUACAUGGUUGCAUAGGAGCAUUUAUUACACAUCUCCAGCACUUGGUAUUAAAGUGCCUUUUUCUAAUAAAGUGAGUUUCUUAUGACAAAUUCCUGAUGGUGGAAAGUAAAGAAUCUUGAGAAAGGGUCACCUUCUGGAAAUCAAAGUUUGCACUGUGUGGGUUAGGGAUGGCCCUGCCCCUCACUCCAACUCCAUAGAAGUCAUCAUCUGAAGGUUGCUGAUACCCUCACAGGGACACUGAAUGUCUUCUUCCCAGUCCCUGGCCCCUGACAGCCCUCAGGGCUCAUAACACCCAUUCCCACUGGCUCUGGCGGUAGCUAGGCUCUCUGGUUUCUUUCCUCCUCUCUGAGCCUGUGGUCACUCAGUAUGUACCACUUUCAAUGCAGGUACCACCCUCCCCACACACGAGUCACAUCCAUUCUCCUGACUCUGGCUCAGCUCUCUGGGAAUGAGUUUGAAAUCUAGAGCUGCAGCCCCUGCUUUUCUCCUCACCUCCUGCUGGAAAGUUCCCCUUAGGUGCCUGCCAGGCCCUCAAAGGCAGCCCCUCUCUGAAAAAUGAAUUUUUAUAGUAUUCCCCUGCCUAACACACACACAUAACCUUUCUCAAAAAGCAAACAAAAAGCCAUCAUGACUUAUGUCUUUCUGUUAAUGAUGUGACCAUUUUCCUGAUCUUCUAAGUUUGACAUUUCUGCAACAGUUGAUGCCUGCCUUCGCUUGAUUUUUGUCCCCUCCCCCAUCUCCUGAAAUCCAGCCCAGUUUGCCACAUCUCUAGAAUAUGGCCUUUCUCCCACAUUCCCAGAGCUUAUCCCUUUCCGUGGGGACAUCAAUGAACCCCAGUGUGACCUGUCUUGUCCUGUCUGACCUGCCAGGGCACCAAUUCUGUUCUUCUGCCAAAAGGCCUUCAGCGACUUCUCACUGCCUACAGGUAAAGGUAAUACUCAAAACACUUACCCUCCAAUCCCAAUCUAGGCAGCUGGGCAGUAAGGCUUUAUCUGUGGAAUCAUGAGGUAGGCCGGGGUCCUGGAGGAGUGGGGGAGCACUAGAGGGCUCAGGACCGUAGUUCCAGAAGUAGUUUAAGCUUAGCCUCAGCCCUACCUUCAGACAAGGUCCCAAGUCCUUGACCUGCCAGCAAGACCCUUCACCAUCAGGUCCCAACCAACUCCCCUGUCUUCUAACAUUGCUCCCCCCACCCCCAGGUACUGCUCUAGUCAAACUGAUGGACUCACUGGCCUUGGAAAAUGCCUCUGUUUCAAGUCUCCCACCUCUGUGCUUUAACUGUACUUGGGCCUUUCUGCUCAACCAGAAUGAUCUUCCCACCUCACUAAGCAGGCCACACCAACUAAAUCGUAUCCCUCCUUCAGGAUGUAAUUCAGACCAGCCUAUCCUUAAGUGAGUUCUUCAUUUUAAAUUCAUAGCAAUUGCCACUGUUUUAGCAACUGCCCAUGAAUAGCUUGUGACAUCUCUAUUACAAUCACAAACUGUUACUUCAAUCUUCAGCGACCUGGGCCUAUGUAGUCUCCCCAGUUAGUGCGUUACCUUCUGAGGGAUGGGAGACUGUAUCACCACAGAGCAGGGCACACUGCAAAGCAUCUACUGAGCAUCGGCAAACGGUUACUAACUGAGCUGGUGAGAGAUGGGGACCAAAGUUUGACGUCAGUGACUUCUGACCUCUCCUCUGCACAAGCACUCACCCCAAGUGCUCCACUGCCCAGGGCCUGCCCUCCCUGCUCAGUGCCCUCAUGGUACCCCCACUCUUAGCCCCCAAGAGUUGUUACUACUUUGAACAUCCCCUCCCUUAAAGAAACUUCCCUGUCCAGUUUUCCUAACUCAGUGUUAAAUUAGCUAAUGUAAUAAACUAACCUGUGCUGACCUAGUUAUGGGAGAGGGCUAGAGGAGAACCUCAGGAGAUAGCAUCGUGUUAACCAGGGUCAUCUGGCAACAACAUCCCAGCCUUUGCAACGGUUUCAUGGUGUCAAAAGACACGCUCCUCACCCCCCAACAGCUGAUGUCUUACUCCCUCCUUUGGGCUCCCACAGCACUUUGUGUAUACCUCUUACUGUAGCACUUAGCCCAUGUAGCUCCUUAGCUAUGUGUUUAUGUACAUUUCCCCUGCAACAGACUGUGAGCUCCUCAAGGACAGGGACUGUGUGUUAGUCACUGAUGUAUCCCCAGCGCCUAGCACAGUGCCUGGCACACAGUAGGUGCUCAAUAAAUGUUUAUUGAAAGAAUGAAUGAGUCCUGUCUUUAAUCAC